AUGAGUCAGCGACCGGUUAGGGCCUUUGUGGUCCACCCCUCGUUUGAAAAGGGGCGUAAUCCCUUCAGCUUCAGCAGCCAGUGGUUCUCCGAAAGUACGGCUGUUGUUUUUGUCGAAGCGUUACGUAAUCCAGGAUUGAACAUGUGCUCAUGCGGGUCAUUGCUAUGUGAGAGCAGCGUUCCCAUUGAAAUCGAAAUGUAA